UCUCUUCGUAUAAGUAUUCAUCACAAACCGGUUCAUAUGCAAUAACAUUUCCAAAGCAAGAAAACACAGAGAUAUUCAUAUCAAACAUGGUUAGUUCUCAACUAGGGUUAAUCGGGUGCUCGCUUCUUGUUGUAGCACUGGCCUUACUGAAGGGUGCCACCGCUGAGAGCUACACCGUCGGAGAAGAUUUAGGCUGGAACAUUCCUCCUUCUGGUUCAGUUGCCUACGCGAACUGGGCCGCCUCGAAGCAAUUUCAGCUCGGUGACGUAGUCGUGUUUAAGUGGACUGGACCGCACACGGUGGCUGAAGUGACACAGGCUGAUUUUUCGAGCUGCACAAAGUCGAACCCCAUUGCUCUCUAUGAUUCCAGCCCGGCAAGAAUUACGUUGAGCUCGCUUAACGGUACUCGGUACUUCAUCUGCACCGAGGACAAUCACUGCAGCGUUUUAGGACAGAAGGUGGCCAUUACAAUGGGAGGAACAGGUCAAUAUACACCGGGAGAUGAUAACAGUGAUGAUGACGACGACUGGUGGAGAUGGAACAGUGCUUCUUCUCUCACCAUUGGUACUGCCUUGUCUGCAGUCAUAUCCACUGCAGUCAUAUUUUUCUUGAACUAUAUUUAAUAGUACACAUGUUAAUUAAUGGAAGAUUUUGUAUCAUUUUUUUCAUGAUUGUUGUAUUCCAUUGGCCAAAUUGGUUGGUUAUUCAAUGUUUAUAAAUGAUUCCCUUUCAAUGUUUGGCAGAA